GUCGGCUUUCUUUUUGGGUUUGGGUAUGGGUAACAUGGGUUAGGUGCCUGUCUUUCUCUCUGUAUCAGACUCGUUUCCCUUUCACUCUCGGUCAUCGAUUUCUUAGCAGAUCGGAAACCCUCGCCGUUAUUACUACUUAAUCUUACUUUAACCUCAACAUUCCCCGGGUAAGUCUUUUAUCGCUUCUCUUAAAUCUCUCAUUUAUGUUGAUAAAUCAGUUUUUUAAUUGAUUGAUGGGGCAUAAAAAGAAAAACCCUGCUCCUCGUUCUAAACAAUCCCAAUCGGUGCCGGCGUCGGCGCCGGAGGCUUUGGCCGCUGCCGAGCACUGUGAUGCACUCUCCAACCAUGCGAAGACUCAGGUAGUGGAAUCUGAGGGUUCCACUUACUCGGUGGUGAAGCUUGAGUGUGAACGUGCCCUGACGGCUCUCCGCCGUGGUAAUCACACCAAAGCUUUGCGGUUAAUGAAGGAAUCUUGUUCCCGUCAUGAGAACUCGCCUUAUGUGGCUCUGAUUCACCGGGUACAAGGCACCAUAUUUGUGAAAGUGGCGUCGAUCAUUGAUGAUUUGAACUCGAAACAAAGGCAUUUGAGAAAUGCGAUCGAAUCUGCAAAGAAAGCAGUGGAGUUAUCGCCUAACUCAAUUGAAUUCUCUCAUUUUUAUGCUAAUCUGUUGUAUGAGGCUGCUAAUGACGGCAAAGAAUACGAAGAGGUAGUUCAAGAGUGUGAGCGUGCUUUAGCUAUAGAGAAUCCUGUAGAUCCUGCUAAAGAGAGCUUACAGGAUGAGAGUCAGCAAAAAAUUUUGACAGCGGAAGCGCGAAUUUCCCACGUGCAGAGUGAGCUACGGAGCUUGAUACAGAAAUCAAAUAUUGCUUCGAUUUCUACGUGGAUGAAGAACCUAGGGACUGGUGAGGAGAAGUUUAGGUUGAUUCCUAUUAGGAGAGUGACUGAGGACCCAAUGGAAGUCAGGCUAGUUCAAGCUAGGAGGCCCAAUGAAAUUAAAAAGGCAACCAAAACUCCAGAAGAGAGACGAAAAGAGAUCGAGGUUAGGGUUGCUGCAGCUAGAUUGUUACAGCAAAAAUCAGAGACGGGUCAGUUGCAACAAAAUAAUGAUGGAGAGAGGACUAUUGAUUCUGGCUUGGUAGGGACUGAGAAAAAAGGAGAGAGGAGGAAGUUUGGGAGUAAUGUGCGAAAAAAUGGGUCUAAAGAGGAGAGGAGGAAUUUUGUAAAAUCAUAUUGGAAUUCCAUGAGUUUGGAAAUGAAAAAGGAGUUGCUUAGGGUUAGGAUUCCUGAUGUUAAAGCUCAUUUUGGGUCACUGAAAGAUGGCUUGGCUAGUGAGGUUUUAGCAGAGGCAUUGGCAUUCUCAGAGGAGCAUAAAACUUGGAGGUUUUGGGUUUGUUGUAAGUGUAAUGAGAAGUUUGCUGAUUCAGAGUCACAUAUGCAUCACGUUGUGCAGGAACAUAUGGGGAAUUUGUUGCCUAAAAUGCAGGACGUCUUACCUCAGAGUGUUGAUAAUGAGUGGAUUGAAAUGAUUCUUAAUUGUUCUUGGAAGCCAUUGGAUAUUCUAGAAGCUGUUAAAAUGCUUGGACAGAAUCAAUCAAAAUCCUGGGAUUCUGAAGUUGGUGAGGAUUUCUACUCAGGGAACCAUAAUGAGGAGUGUGAUGAUUGCUUCAAAGAUGCAUGGGAUUCUUCACCUGAGAAGGAAAAUUUACAUGAUAGUUAUAAGUGUAGUGUUGUUGAUAGCAAUGAUUGUGGAAAAAUUUUGAGCAUCCAGGGCAAAGGAUGUGAUGGUAAACAAAAAUCUACUGUGUAUCCAGUGAUUGAUUGUUGGCCAGUGUCUGAUGACACUGAGCGCUCAAAGCUCCUUGAAAGAAUUUAUUCUUUAUUUGAGCUGCUCAUUAGACAUAAAUAUCUUGCGGCAAGCCAUCUUAACAAGGUCAUACAGUACACAAUGGAUGAACUGCAGCGUUUGGCUUCUGGUUCUCAGCUUUUGAAUCACAGUGUGGACCAAACGCCAAUGUGCAUAUGCUUUUUGGGAGUUUCCCAGCUCAGAAAGAUUGUCAAGUUCGUGCAGGAAUUAUCUCAUUCUUGUGGUUUGGGUAGAUGUUCUGAGAAAAGUAAUUCCAUGGAUGAUGCAAGCAAUGUGACUCAAGGUCUUGAGCUGAAAGAGAACAUUAGUCGUGAUGGAGAUGCACUAUGCCUCUUGUUGUAUGAACAUGUGCUACCAGCUGAACAUACAUCUGGCAAUGCUGUAACAGAUAGUGCAACUUCUGUUCAUGGCAAUGAAAAUGUGGGUGCAUCUGAUGCAGAUGUUCUGCUGUCCUGGAUCUUUGCUGGCCCGUCAGGUGGGGAGCAUUUGACAUCUUGGAUGCAUAUGAAAGAAGAGAAAACACAUCAGGGAAUAGAAAUCCUCCAGACUCUUGAGAAAGAGUUUUAUCACCUACAGAACCUCUGUGAGAGAAAAUGCGACCUUUUGAGCUAUGAGAAAUCACUGCAGGCAGUGGAGGAUCGCUGUCUUAAAGAAGGUAAGAAAAGGGAAACUGUCACAGAGUCUGUCCAUCGAAGCUAUGAGUCUGUCCUUAGGAAGCGAAGAGAAGAGCUACUGGAGGGCGAAAAUGAUAUUAUGUGCAUCAGCAGUCGGGUUGAGUUAGAUGCAAUAGCUAAUGUUUUAAAAGAAGCUGAAGCACUUAAUGUCAAUCAAUUUGGAUAUGAGGAUACUUAUGGUGGUACAACUUCUCAGUUGUGUGAUUUGGAAUCUGGUGAAGAUGAUGAAUGGAGAACCAAGGACUAUUUACAUCAAGUAGACACGUGCAUAGAAGUUGCUAUCCAGAGGCAGAAAGAACAUUUAUCUGUAGAGCUCAGCAAAAUUGAUGCUCGAAUCAUGCGGAAUGUCACUGGGAUGCAGCAAUUGGAACUCAAACUUGAGCCUGUCUCAGCCCAUGACUAUCGGUUGAUAUUAUUGCCCCUAGUGCAGUCAUACUUAAGGGCUCAUUUGGAGGACCUUGCUGAGAAAUAUGCCACAGAGAAGUCUGAUGCUGCUAGGGAAGCAUUUUUAGCAGAACUUGCACUUGAUUCUAAGAAGGGUGCCCAUGGAGGUGGUGAUAACUCAAAGCAUACACACGAUAAGACAAAAGAUAAAAAAAGAAACAAAGAUUUCAGGAAAACUAAGGAUUCAAAGUCUGUUGGUGGUAAUCAGCAUGAUAUGGUUCAUGAUGAGACUUCUGAGCGGGUUUCCUAUCCAGAAUCUGAUGGUGAUCAUCCAGAUUCAGAGACUGGUAUUUCUGUGAAUGGUGAUGACUUAAAACUUCAGGAAGAGGAAUUUAGACGUAAAAUUGAGCUUGAGGCUGAGGAAAGAAAGCUUGAAGAAACCUUGGAGUAUCAAAGACGAAUGGAGAAUGAGGCUAAACUGAAACACCUUGCUGAGCAAAAUAAAAGAUCUGCUCAAACAUUUCCAGAAAAGUUGAUGGAGGGAGUCUGUGAUGUUUACUUCAAUCAUGGUGCUGAUGAUCGUGAUUUGCAUGAACCAAUUAAACCUCUGACACCAGUGCAACUGAUGUCAAAGAAUGUGUUUUCAAGCAAUUCAGAAGGUGUGCCUAUGAGUUCUACCAAUGGUGUUGCUGGGCCAACCAAAUAUUCAUCCCAUUCCAGUUUCCAGAAUAAUAAUACCUCACAUAAUCCCAACUUUAAACAAGGGAUACCUAAUGGAGGAACUCCAGAGGAUGGGUUUUUACCCUCCGAUAGACGGAGUGGAAGGAGAGGUAGACGGCAGAGGAGUUCUACUAGAUUUCAAGAUGGGAAGAAUCAGGGGUUGUUAUUGGAAAAGGAUAAUAUUGAAGUUACUAGAUCCCAUGAUAGCCUCCAAACUGGUGCUGGUCCUAAUCUGGGAGAUAGUGGAACAAAGACGUUGAGACAAUUGCAAGCAGAGGAGGAUGACGAAGAAAGGUUCCAAGCUGACCUAAAGCAAGCUGUACGCCAAAGUCUUGAUGCCUUUCAAGCACAUAAAAAAUUGCCCUUGACUUCAAGUUCAAGGAUACCACAGAAGAUGCCUCUGGAAUCUAAUAAUUUUGGGGUUUCAUCAAAUGAAGUCAUCAGUGAAAAGGUGAAUGGAACUGACAUGUAUGGUACUGGGCUGAAGAAUGAAGUUGGUGAAUAUAACUGCUUUCUGAAUGUUAUUAUACAGUCUUUAUGGCAUUUAAGACAGUUUCGAGAAGAGUUCUUGAGGAGAUCACCUUCAGAACAUGUUCAUGUGGGAGAUCCUUGUGUUGUCUGUGCGUUGUACGAAAUUUUUACUGCCCUGUGUGUUGCAUCGACUGAUAUGCGGAAAGAAGCAGUUGCCCCUACAUCUCUGAGGAUAGCUCUGAGCAAUUUGUACCCAGAUAGUAAUUUCUUCCAGGAGGCUCAGAUGAACGAUGCUUCUGAAGUUCUGUUAGUAAUAUUUGACUGCCUGCAUCAGUCAUUUACUCCUGGUUCAAGGAUUUCAGAUGCUGAAUCGGUGGAAAGCAGCUGCCCUAAGACUUGGGAUUGUACAAGCAGUGCUUGUAUUGUCCAUUCCCUUUUUGGAAUGGACAUUUUUGAACGAAUGAACUGCUAUAAUUGUGGUUUAGAAUCCAGGCCUAUGAAAUAUACUUCAUUCUUUCAUCACAUAAAUGCUAGUGCCCUCCGAACAAUGAAGUCUAUGUGUGCAGAAAGCUCCUUAGACGAACUUUUGAAUCUUGUAGAGAUGAAUCAUCAAUUAGCUUGUGAUCCAGACGCGGGUGGCUGUGGGAAGCUCAACUACAUUCAUCACAUUCUGUCAUCUCCACCACAUGUUUUCACAACAGUUUUGGGUUGGCAGAAAACAUGUGAGAGUGCUGAUGACAUAACUGCAACACUGGCUGCCCUAAGUACUGAGAUUGAUAUCAGUGUCCUUUACCGUGGGCUGGAUCCUAAGAGUGCACAUAGCUUGGUAUCAGUGGUUUGUUACUAUGGGCAACAUUAUCAUUGCUUUGCAUAUAGUCAUGAUCAUGAAUGCUGGUUUAUGUAUGAUGACAAAACCGUCAAGGUGAUUGGUAGCUGGGCUGAUGUUCUUGACAUGUGUGAGAGAGGACACUUGCAGCCUCAGGUUCUUUUCUUUGAAGCUGUAAAUUAGAUAUGUUAUGGUAUUUAUCUCAAUUAUUUUGCUGCAAAGGGGAAGCAUCAGUUUUGUCAUAAUCUGGUACCCAAUAACUGUCUCUGAUGGGAUGUUGUUUGUAGAGAUGUAUUACCUCCUGCAUCCCUCAGUUCAGACAGCGAUACUCAGAACAUUGGUUUAAGAAGAAGUGAAGAAGUUUUGAUUGAAAAAAAAAAAAAUCAGAAUUGUGAUAUAGGUGAAGAUUCAAGAAUUUUGUGACAGAAGUAAAGAAUUUUGUAGGAGAAAGGGUUGUUUUGAGAGGGAACAAUGUUUCAAAAAGGAGAUAAUAGAGUAGCCUGACAUGGUCCCAGCCUGGAUUAAUAAGUUUUGGCUGUUGGUGGAAGGGAAGAGAUGGUAAAUAGGGGGAGGUCACGAAGGAAUUGAUGGAGCAUGUGAUGCUGUUGGCAGGAACUGAGCAUACUUGUAAGUGGGGAAUUUAGUUUAAUUAGAAAUCAAAAUCUCUGUUAGAUGUUUCUUUUUUUUUUUUUUUGAUAAAUAUUUAUUUUGGGUUAAAAAUAUUUUUCUGCCAACUUAAAGUUGUGUAUAGAGAUCAUCUCAUCAUGUCAUUGCCCCCUUGCUUGGGACCUUUGUGCCUCUGCAGCAGCAUCAUAGAGCACAAACUUUUAUUAUCAUGAUGAUGAAAAUGAUGCUGCUGAGGGCUGAAAUUUUGAGACUCGGAAUAUUUAGAAAAUUUAAAUGGGAAAUGAAGGGAUAUGGGUUUGUUUUUAAA